AUGGAAAAUAAAGCUUUCAAAGAAGAAACAAAAACUGUGUAUGGUAACGUCGACCUCAAGAAUGACUCGGAGGUGGAGUUCUUUACAGGAUUACCAAGUAGCGGAAUGUUCUGGGCUCUGCUCCAUUACAUUCUGGCACUCUACACUCCAAACUUCAGUGCCAGGAUACCACACUGGAGCCAACUCCUGAUGGUUUUGAUGAAGCUCCGCCUCGGCCUCCUCAACAAGGACCUCUUGUCCAGGUUUGGAAUUUCUCCUGGAACUGUAUCAAAAGUCUUCCAUGCCUGGAUUAACAUCCUCAGUGUUGAGCUGUCUCCAUGCGUUCUCUGGCCUAAAGCGGACAGAGUUCAACAGCGGCUCCCAAAGCUGUGCAAGGUACCAAUGCUACGGAACCUUCCGUGCAUCAUUGUUUGGUCGGAAAUCUUCAUAGAGCGACCGUGCACCUUUAAGGCGAGGAUGCAAACGUUCUCGUCCUACAAACAUAACAUGGUAAAGUUCUUAGUCGCCUUUUGUCCAAGUGGAGGGAUCUGUUUCAUUUCUAAAUGCUGGGGUGGGAAGGUGAGCGAUCUGGAGCUCACAAGACACUGGGUUUUUAGACUUAAUUCAGAGCAACACCUCGUGAUGGCCGAUAGGGGAUUUCCCAUUGAAGAACUUCUAGCUAUUUGUAGAGCUUGCCUGAUAGUCUUGGCCUAUACACGAGGGAAGACUCAGCUAACACGCCAAGAAGUUGAAGCGUUCUGA